AUGUCUGAGCUCGGCGCGCGGCACCUGCUAAUCAAGUUCGAGGGCUCGCGCAACCCCGUCUCGCGCCGCACCGGAGCGUCCACGAGCGGAGUGACGGCCGCGCAGGCGGAGCAGGAGCUGCAGAGCUACGCUGACAAGGUCCGACCACGCGGCGCGAGCGAGGAGGUUUUUGCCAAGUACGCGUGCGAGCGGUCGGACUGCGGCUCCUUCAAGUCAGGCGGAGAUCUGGGCCUUUUUGGUCCGGGUCAGAUGCAGAAGCAGUUCGAGGAUGGCGUGAAAGGCACAGCUGUUGGCAAGAUGUCAGGCAUCGUCCUCUCCGACUCGGGCUACCACCUCGUCUUCCGCACCCCGUGA